GUUCCCCCUUUGCAAGAGCCCUCGAGAACAUGAGUCAACACUGAGAAAAGGGGGAUGUGAAAGGACCAGGGACAGACCCCAUGCCAGACGCUGCUCAGACUCACCAGGAAGGCUUCGCUCCCAUUUUCCAAGUGAUAAUUCCAGCAAAACUCGUGGAGAUCCCAUUCCAGGGACAGCAGCUGGCGCGUGUGAGAUGAUGUGAGACCGCAGCGCGUCUGCUCCAGUGGAAUUCUUCGGGCUGCGAGAGGAAAGAAGGUCAGACUCUUCUGGCUGUGUGAGGGGAAGGAGAAGCAGCAGAGGUGUCACAAUGGAUACAUCCUCUGCCACGGAAAGAGCCAGCCCCGAUUGCUGGAGCCAAUCCAGUGGGAUGGCAUCUAACAGGAACUGGAGUGAGGACAACCCCUACAACUGGACCGACUGUGAAAGCAACCACUUGAGCAAAGUCCCUGUCACACUCCUCAUCUGCCUCUGUGGGAUGGUUGGGAAUGGGGCUGUUCUCUGGCUCCUUGGUUUCCACAUCCACAGGAACCCCGUCACCAUCUUCAUCCUCAACCUGGCCAUCGCUGACUUCACCUUCCUCCUCUCCAUCACCAUCACUCUGGGGAUAUAUUACGUCCCAGAGAGCCUCUGUCAUGAGCUGGGCUCACAGGGAGUGACAACUGUGCUGAACAUCAUCAUCUUGUUUGCCUUCACUGCCAGUGUCUACCUGCUGACAGCCUUCAGUGCUGUGACAGCUCUGUCUGUCCUCCCCAUGUCCCACUGUCCCUGCCACCACUCUCAGCACUUCCCAGUGCUCCUGUGUGCCCUGCUCUGGGUCCUCUCCUUCCUGCUCACCAUGACCCUCUACUCCCACCCUUCAGCACUCAUCGCCUUUGUCCUGAGCUACCUCUUAUCGGUGCUCACCCUGAUCUGCUCUGGUCUAACCCUGCUUGUUUUCCUAUGCUGCUCAUGGAAACAUCCUCCAAGGAAGCUCUGUGCUGUGGUCCUUCUGGCUGUCAUCUUCUUCCCCUUCUCCACUGCUGAUUUUGGGUACUGGCUCUUGCUCAGGGUGUUUGAUUUUUCUGUCUUUGUCCUCAGCGCCUCCCUCCCGCUCGCCUGUGCCAACAGCAGCGUCCACCCUCUUAUUUACUUCUUGGCUGGGAGCUGUGCAAAGAAGUUCACACUCUCUGUUAGUGCUGCCUUCCAGAGGACUUUUGAAGAUGUGUCAGAGCCUCAAAAUAGAGACAACACAGUGGAAUCAUCAUGCCUGGAGGUCCCAUGUGCCAGGGCUCCUGUGACAGCCCUGUUCCCAGGAGCACCAGGAGGAGGUGGUGGGAAAGGGAGAAGGCGGCCACCUGGAGCAGGGUCAUUCGCCAUGGAGGAGACUGACACAAGAAACCUCACUCUGAACAUGACUUAUGGAUCUCUGGACAUUGAGGAAUUUAUCAACGAUACUUGCUCGAUCAUUUCGUACAAACUGAUUGUCUUUGGGGGUGUCUGCCUGGGGAUUUCCCUCUGUGGGCUGGUGGGGAAUGGGAUGGUCAUGUGGUUCCUGGGUUUCCACAUGAAGCAGAGCCCUUUCACUGUCUACAUCCUAAACCUGGCUGUUGCUGACUUCUCCCUCAUCCUCCUGUAUUUCCUGAUUCUAUUAGCCUUUUUGACCUUAAAAGUAUUUUGUACUUCUUUGCUUCAUUUUGCUCCUCUCUAUGCAGAUUUUGUAUUUGUGGUUGGAUUUCUGUGCCACGUGUUUGACCUGAGCAGCCUGGGGCUGCUGACAGCCCUCAGUGUGGAGCGCUGUGUGUCCGUCCUCUUCCCCAUCUGGUACCGCUGCCACCGCCCCAGGCACCUGUCGGGCAUCGUGAGCGGGACACUCUGGGCCCUCGCCGGGGUUUUUGUCUCCUUGCUCUACUUCACGUCAACCAAAGACUCUGAGGAAGUUCUAUCAGAUGUAGCCCUGGUGUUUUCCAUGAUUUUGUCAGUCUUGAUGUUGGUUUCCAACCUGUUCCUGUUCACCAAGCUCCACUGUGGCUCCCAGAGACAACACCCAGGGAGGCUCUAUGUUGCCGUCCUGAUCGAAGUCAUUGUCUUCUUCGCUCUUGGCAUUCCUUUCUGCCUAGAGAUUUUCCUCAAUAUUCUCAAUUCUGAUGAAAUAUUCCCUGACAACACCUCUUUGCUGCUGGCAUUGCUGGACUGCUGCCUGAACCCUGUGAUUUAUGUCCUGGUGGGGAGCUGCCGACAGUGCCGCUUCCAUUGCUCUGUCAAAGUUGCGCUCCGACGUGCCUUUGAAGAGAAAGCAGGGAAUGAGGAGAGGAGCCACGUGUGUUGGGACACUGUGGUGGAGGUGACCUCUCUGUAA